AUGCUGAAGGCUGAUAAAAAAAUUUGGUCUAUAUACUGCUACAUCUCGCGGGACUCUCGAAUUUUACCUGUAUACAUAGGCGGGUGUUUGGCUAGUAUGGUGUUAAUUGGGCCCGUUAAUAGAAAGUGCAAGAAGUAUUACGGAGCAACACCCCGCAACAUUAAGUGGUAUAAUUUUGGAGUUUUACCACCUGAGGUGGAAAUUUUACUACAAUUCCGCAACAUUAAGUGGUAUAAAAUGGACGUUUUUACCACCAAAUGUUGCGGGUUUUUACCACAUGUUGCGGGUUUUUACCACAUGUUGCGGGUUUUUACCACAUGUUGCGGGUUUUUACCACAUGUUGCGGGUUUUUACCACACAGUUUGCCACUGUGCGUUACAUGUUAAAGUAAAAGAUAGUUAUGCAGAACAUCCAAUUAUUCCUGGUAUAUUACAAAUUUGA